CGCGCGGGCCGGGGGGGCGCGGGCGCCGCGCGGCGCCCGAGGCGAAAAAGUAGCUGUCAAAUGCGCGGCGCCUUUAACCGGCGCGAUCAGUGCGGCUCGGCGAGUCAUGGCGACCGCAGCCUCCAACCACUACAGCCUGCUCGCCUCCGGCUCCCCCAUGGUGCACGCCGAGCCGCCCGGCGGCAUGCAGCCCGGCGGCGGCUACCGCGACGCCGGCGCCCUGGUGCAGGCGGACUACGCGCUGCAGAGCAACGGGCACCCGCUGAGCCACGCUCACCAGUGGAUCGCGGCGCUGUCCCACGGCGGCCCCGGCGGUGGCGGCGGCGGCGGCGGCGGCGGGGGCGGCGGCGGCGGCGGCGGCGGCGAGGCGCCUUGGUCGGCGGGCGCGCUGGGCCAGCCCGACAUCAAGCCGGCGGUGGUGCAGGCGGGCGGGCGCGGCGACGAGCUGCCGCCGCCGCAGCAGCACCCGCCGCCGGGGCGGGCGCCGCACCUGGUGCACCACGGCGGCGGCGGCGGAGGGCACCACGCGGCGGCGGCGGCGGCGGCGGCGGCGGCGGCGGCGUGGCGGGCGGGCGGCGCGGCGCACCUGCCGCCCGGCAUGGCCGCGGCCAACGGCGCGCAGGCGGGGCUGCUCUACUCGCAGCCGCCCGGCUUCACCGUCAACGGGAUGCUGGGCGCCGGGCAGCCGGGGCUGCACCACCAUGGCCUGCGCGACGCCCACGAAGAGCCGCCGCCGGGGCCGCCGCACCACGGCCCCGAGCACCCGCCGCCGCCCCACGGCCCCCACCCCGGGGCGGCCGGGCCGGCACCGUCCGCCGCCGCCGCCGCGCCCCCCGGGCCGCCGCCGCACCACGACCCGCACUCCGACGAGGACACGCCGACCUCGGACGACCUGGAGCAGUUCGCCAAGCAGUUCAAGCAGCGGCGCAUCAAACUGGGAUUUACCCAAGCGGACGUGGGGCUGGCGCUGGGCACCCUCUACGGCAACGUCUUCUCGCAGACCACCAUCUGCCGCUUCGAGGCCCUGCAGCUCAGCUUCAAGAACAUGUGCAAGCUGAAGCCUUUGUUGAACAAGUGGUUGGAGGAGGCGGACUCCUCCUCGGGCAGCCCCACCAGCAUAGACAAGAUCGCGGCGCAGGGCCGCAAGCGGAAAAAGCGCACCUCCAUCGAGGUGAGCGUCAAGGGCGCGCUGGAGAGCCACUUCCUCAAGUGCCCCAAGCCCUCCGCCCAGGAGAUCACCUCGCUCGCGGACAGCCUACAGCUGGAGAAGGAGGUGGUGAGAGUGUGGUUUUGUAACAGGAGACAGAAAGAGAAGCGCAUGACUCCCCCGGGAGGGACGCUGCCGGGCGCCGAGGACGUGUACGGGGCCAGCAGGGACACGCCGCCGCACCACGGGGUGCAGACCCCCGUGCAGUGAACUCGCGGCGGGGGCGCCCGGCCCCUCCUCCUCCUCUCCUCCUCCUCCUCCUCCUCCUCCUCUCCUUCCCCAACUUUUGAUUGUCCUCCUUUU